CCAUGUGGGAUCUACGAAAGCGCCGCUAACACUCUAAUGGCAACAUUGUUUCCCCUGAUAUCGUUUUGUAGCACUAAAGCUCGUACAGAAAACAAAUUAACAACCCCGUUAAACUCUUUUUUUUUUUACUCCUUCCCUUGUGGCGCACAGCUUGACGUCAUCUCCAGUCACAUGACGCGCAAACGCCGGAAGCUUCUGACAGGGCCUGAAUCUCAAAGCAGCAACAAGCGACUUGAGAGGAGCAAAUCGGGAGAGGGUAGCUGGAUGGCUGGUUGUGGUGAAGUUAGCCACUCUGCAAACAUGCUACCCACAAAUAAGAAGCUGGGUGAGCCUUGUUCUAAUGGAUCCCCAUCCCUUACAGUCCCUGAAUGUUCUAUAUGCCUCCAAACCUGCGUGCACCCAGUUAGUCUUCCCUGUAAACACAUCUUCUGUUUCUUAUGUGUGAAGGGAGCCUCAUGGCUUGGGAGGCGUUGUGCACUCUGCAGACAAGAAAUUCCUGAGGACUUUCUGGAAAAACCUACAUUGUUAUCUCCUGAGGAACUGAAAUCUGCUAGCAGAGGAAAUGGGGAGUAUGCUUGGUACUAUGAGGGCAGAAAUGGGUGGUGGCAGUAUGAUGAAAGGACAAGCAGGGAGCUAGAAGAUGCCUUUGCAAAAGGGAAAAAGAGCACAGAGAUGCUGAUUGCUGGUUUCCUAUAUGUAGCAGACUUGGAGAACAUGGUACAGUACAGGCGCAAUGAACAUGGAAGGCGUAGAAAAAUCAAAAGGGAUAUUCUAGACAUACCAAAGAAAGGUGUUGCAGGCCUAAGGCUAGAUUGUGAUGCAGCUUCUGCAAACCCAACAAGAGAAAGUUCAGCUGAUGGUGCCGAUAACAUGGUUGCAAAUGGGGCUGCAUCAGGUCUCCCCUCUGCUGUGUUACCAGCUAGGCCACAUACAUCCCUGGGUGCUCAGCCUACAAACCUAGUUGUUUUACCUUCAGAUGGGGGUACUCCACUGGACAACACCUUUUCUCAACUGCAAAUUGGAGAUAAUAUAACAGGAAGAAAUAACAUAGGGGAAGGUGAAGAGGAACUUCCCCAAUCUGGAGUCAUAGUCAUAGCUCCUGAAACUGAAGUGGAUGAACCUGAAUCAGAUGACAGCAUUGACAAUGGGACUGUUCCUUUGCAUCAAAAUUCAUUUCUGGUGCAGCAGAGACAUUCAUUAGCAAGUUCUAGCCAGGCAGCUCCAGAUCAUGUAGGCGCAGCAGCUGGUGGAGCACAGAGCACUAUUGUGAGAGCCAGAAGACCAGAUGGACAGUGCACAGUGACAGAAGUUUAAGUGUUUAGCAAGGAAAGAGAAUAAAGCGCUUUGCUAGUUAAAGUAACAUGUUCCUUGUAUUUUACUUUUUGCUUUAGAUCUAAAUAGCUAAUUGUUGAGAAACAUGUCCCAAUUCAUGAAGUAUAACCUCCCUUGAGGCUGGAAUAUCUGUUUAUAAUUAAUACUUAUAAACAGAUGUGGUAUGACCAUGUAGAACUAAAGUGGCCUGAGACAUGUUAGAGUAUAUUUUUUGUGAUGUUAUACCACAUGGUGUCUGCUGCAUCGUUUAAUUGAAUUGGCUAUAAAAUUAUUUCAGGUUAAACACUACUUUGAUAAACUGACUUGCAUGAUGCAUUCAUAUUGCGCCAUUUCAAAGCCUUACCAAAGUGCAUUUUGUUGACAGAUUAAAAAAAAAUGUUUUCUUGUAUAACCUAGUUGACUCUAGGUUGUCCCCUUACUGCUUUGUAUUGGUUAGAUAAGAACUACAUGUCAAAAUCUCUCUGCUGAUUGCCGACGGGGAUAAUAAAGCACUACUUUCCAUAAGCACUGAGGUAGUUUUCCUCUAGGAAUAAGCAAACAGGAGUGCUUUUGAGAGAACUCCAUCAACUUUGUAUUUUAAAGGGACAUGAAACCCAUUUUUUUUUCUUUGAUAAUUCAGACAGAGCAUGCAAUUUUAAAUAACUUUCCAAUUUAUUUAUAUCUAACUUGUUUUGUUCUCUUUGUAUCCUUUGUUGAAAAGUAUAAGUAAUCUACGAAACUGCUGAUUAGUGCUUGCACAUAUAUGCCUCUUGUCAUUGGCUUUCAGCUAGCUCCCAGUAGUGCAUUACUGCUCCUUCAACAAAGGAUACCAAGAGAAUUAAAAAAAUUAGAGAAUAUAAGUAAAUUGUAAAGUUGUUCAUAAUUUUUGAUGAUCUAUCUGAAUUAUGAAACAAAAAUUUGGGGUUUCAUGUCCCUUUAAAUAAAACAAACAAUACCAUUCACAAAGUAGCUGGCUUAGAGUCCAAUAUGGACUAUUUUAAAAUAUUUUUUAAAAAAUAAUUUUAAAAUUAAAAUGCUUUAAAGAAAGAAAAUGAUGUAUCAAAAUGAAUGCAUCAAUUCCAUGUCUCAUAUUACCCUGUGUCUACAACUAUUAUUCAGGAUAGUACAGGCUGGAUGGUAAGGUCUUCCCUACCAUUCUGCCUACUUGCACUAAUUAUUAAGUUGCACAUUUUCUUGAAAAAUAACUUACUAACUUAUUUUCCCAAUGAAUUUCAAGAAGCUAUAUAGUAAGGCAAAGGAGAGAGAAGUCUUCCAGGAUUGUUUUUAAAGGGUAAUGCAUUUCAGGCCACUUCAACUUUAAUGCAGUUAUCUCCUCAUAUCACUAUCUUCAAAUCAUUUUCAUGUCUGCUGAAUUGUAACCACUUAUUUUAAUAAGCGUUAUUUGCAUUUAACUGAGCUAAGUAAGGAAUGGUUGGGCACAACCUGGCUUUCAUGAUACAUUGAACGCAACGGACAGCCACAUUCAAUUUAAUUGAACAUCUCUCAAGUUUUAGAAAGAAACUAACUUAUUACUAUCACUGUGUAGCUUAGCAUGAUGUAUCUUGAAUUGAUGUUACUGUGUGAUUGUUGAAUUUACUUUUCUGUGCUAAAGGGCUGGUAUGUAAAUAUAAUGUUCCCUGCCCUUUAACACCGAAGACGCUCAAGUGUAUUAAAGUUUUUAUUUUGCAUGAGUUUGAGUGCAAGAAGAGAGUGGAAAAUUAAAUUAAAAAUGUCAAGGAGUUGAGUAAAUGUGUAAUUUAAUGAUAUAGUGGUAAGUUUGAACUAACAAUGUGGUUUAAUAGGCAAAUGGCAAACAUUUUAGGUGACCCAGCAGCAUUUGUAUAAAGAACUAAUAUUGUUUUUAUGUUGAACAUUUUUACACCUCCUAGCUUUGCUGUCUGAAUCUAUAAUCUUUCCUCCUCGAGUUGUCUUGUUUUUGUUACAAGAUUUGUAAUUUAAUAAAGACCACAUUUUACCAACAAGCAAA